AUGGUCAGCGCAGGAGCAAGGAAGUGGACGAGGUUGAUCAUGGGGUCUAAAGACAACGACCAAAAUGAUGAAUCCAAGGACACGGUUCAGUCAAACAACUACCAGCAAUGGAAGAAGCACACCCCACUUCUCUAUGACACACUCAUCAAUCAUCACCUGACUCAUCCUUCCUCUUGCAUCCGCUGGGGGCAUCGCUUGGGCGAAGAACAGAACCAUAUCAUUCAGCGUGUGUACUACUGUGAGCGCGGUGCUGCUCCCAACACAAUCAUAUCCGCCAAUGUGUUGACAAGAAUACCAACUCCUAAUGGUACGGAAGUGAACAAGAUUUACACUUGCGAGCAGAAUUUGAACAUUUUGUUCACCAAAUCGGAUCUGAAUGAGCUUCAUGUAUGGGAUCUGUCAUCGCCUGAAAGGCAAGUGGAAAGAGAUGUUGAACAUGUCGAUCUGAUUCGUUCUCUCAGUUUCAUCCCUGUUGCGACCUUAACGGGCCAUAGCGAAGGAAGCUGCGACUCAAACUUUGCUCUAGAUUCUUCAGUCAUCGAGCCGCGGGUGUUCUGCCAUGUCCUUAGUGGAGAUCGUGAUGGGAUCAUCCUUAUGUGGUCGUUGGACAACAACCCAAAGAGCACAUGCGCUUUUGCAGGCGUUGAAGUCCCGUGGCAGGUUGGAGACGACCAGAAAUUGUUAUUUUGGGAUGCGAGGGCCUCGAAUUCGAAGAUCGGCGGCGGCGAAGGUAUAGAACCUUUGCACAAGUUGCAUCAGCACCAAGAACCUGUUUUCCGUGUGGGAUGGCGACCAGACUCGACUGUUCACUAUGCAAGCGGGGGCGAUGACUGCUUCGUCUGCAUCUGGGACAUCAGCCAACUGGGCGCGCAGAGCGAGAGCAUGGGGGAGGCCCAGGAAUCGAAGGAGGUUAUCUUCAAGCACUGCGGACACAGAGGGAGCGUACAGGACCUUCACUGGAACCCUGUCAUCCCCUGGACACUUGCUUCUGUCUCGGAAGACGCAGCAUGGGUUUGGCGUCCCAUCGACUUCUUGUACCGUCCGCACGACGAAUGUCUGCGGGACUUGGAGAAGAUGCAGAACGAUCUGAAGGGCUCGGGAGAGUGA